GCUGUCCCAGCAGGCCUCUCUCCCUCCCUCGUCGUGUCUCCCAGUCUGCCAGCUCUUCCGGCUCUCAGUCAUGGCGGACAUGCAGGAUCUGUUCGGGAGCGAUGCCGACUCCGACAACGAGCAGAAACGUAUCGAUUCUGAUUCUGCUUCUGGAUCAGAUUCAGAACCAGGAAAUAUUGGUUCAGUAAGCAACCCUUCAGCAAGUGAGAGUGAGCAAGAUGAGGAUGAUGAGCAUGCUGUGGUAAAGCCAAGCAACAAAGAAUUAUUUGGAGAUGAUAGUGAGGAUGAAGCAGUGUCUCAACACAGUGGCAGUGACAAUCACUCAGAAAGGUCAGAUAAUCAGUCAGAAAUAGCACACUCUGAUCAAGAGGAAAACGAUCAGUCGGAUGCUGAGCCGCAUAGUGGUUCUGAGGCCCUUCAUGAAGAUGACAAUGAGGGAGAUGGACAGAGAUCUGAUCACAGUAGUCAUCAUUCUGAGGCAGAAGGUUCAGAUAGAGAUGGCCACUCUGAGGAUGAAAAAUGGGCAAGGGAAGACAAAAGUGACCAGUCUGAUGAGGAUGAGAAAAUGCAGGAUUCUGAUGAUGAUCUCCAGCAUUCAGACGAUGAGGGCCACCAAAGAUCUGAAAGAUCAGAUGAUAAUGUGCAUCACAGAUCAGAGGAUGAUGAUGAUGGACAUGGGCAUAACAUGUCAGAUGAUGAGGGACAUCUCCGGUCAGAUGAUGAGGUACAGCACAGGUCGGAUGAUGAUGAUGAGGGACAUCACAGGUCAGAUGAUGAUGAUGAUGAGGUACGUCAGAGGUCGGAUGAUGAUGAGGUACGUCAGAGGUCGGAUGAUGAUGAUGAGGUACGUCAGAGGUCGGAUGAUGAUGAUGAGGUACGUCACAGGUCGGAUGAUGAUGAUGAGGUACGUCACAGGUCGGAUGAUGAUGAUGAGGUACGUCACAGGUCGGAUGAUGAUGAUGAGGUACGUCACAGGUCGGAUGAUGAUGAUGAGGUACGUCACAGGUCGGAUGAUGAUGAUGAUGAUGAGGUACGUCACAGGUCGGAUGAUGAAAUUAAUCAUCAAUCAGAUGGAGAAGAACGGGAAACACACCAAUCGGAUGAUGAGGAUCACAGACCUCGUAUUUCAGAUGAUGAAGAAAAUGAACAGCAGCAUUCAGAUGAUGAUCGCCAACAUUCUGAUGAUGAUCACCGUCCGUCAGAUGGCGAAGAGAGGGAACAGCAGCACUCAGAAGAUGAGGAGCAUGAACUUCAACAUUCUGAUGAUGAAAACGAUCGCCAAAGGUCAGAUGGUGAACUUCAGCACUCUGAUAAUGAACGCCGGCGGUCUGAUGAUGAGGAAAGACAACAUUCUGAUGAUGAGGAGCAGGAUCGCCACCGCUCAGAUGGUGAAGAGAAUGAGCACAAAUCAGAGUCUGCUAAAGGAAGUGACAGUGAAGAAGAAGUAGUUCGCCAAAAACAUAAAAAGAUUAUUGCUUCAGAUUCUGAAAUGGAUAGUGAUGGAGAAGAACCCAAAGCUAAAAGAGAUGCUGCUGAUCUGUUUGGAGAUGCAGAUGACAUUUCUUCAGGCAGUGACGGGGAACAAAAGCCAGCUACUCCAGGGCAACCGAUGGAUGAAGAUGGAAUGGAUCAAGAUCAACCUGAAGAAGAAGCAGUUCCAGAAACUCGCAUAGAAGUCGAGAUACCAAAAGUCAAUACAGACCUGGGCAAUGACUUGUAUUUCGUGAAACUUCCUAACUUUCUUAGUGUUGAGCCCAGACCCUUUGAUCCUCAGUAUUACGAAGAUGAGUUUGAGGAUGAAGAGAUGUUGGAUGAAGAAGGUAGAACAAGAUUGAAAUUAAAGGUUGAAAACACAAUCCGAUGGCGGACGCGCCGGGAUGAAGAUGGAAAUGACGUUCGAGAGAGCAAUGCCCGUAUUGUGAAGUGGUCUGAUGGCAGCAUGUCAUUACACUUGGGCAAUGAAGUGUUUGAUGUAUACAAAGCUCCAUUGCAAGGAGAUCACAACCAUCUUUUUAUAAGACAGGGAACUGGUCUGCAGGGCCAGGCUGUGUUUAAAACCAAACUGACCUUCAGGCCCCAUUCUACAGACAGUGCCACUCACAGGAAGAUGACAUUGUCCCUUGCAGACAGAUGCUCGAAAACUCAGAAGAUCCGCAUCCUUCCAAUGGCUGGACGUGAUCCAGAAUCUCAAAGAACAGAGAUGAUUAAGAAAGAGGAGGAGAGAUUAAGAGCAUCCAUCCGUAGAGAAUCUCAGCAACGCAGAAUGAGAGAGAAGCAGCAUCAGCGUGGAUUGAGCGCCAACUACCUUGAACCAGAUCGCUAUGAUGAUGAGGAAGAAACAGAUGAGGCUGUAAGCUUAGCAGCCAUUAAAAACCGCUAUAAAGGCGUACGCGAGGAACGAGCUCGAAUUUAUUCAUCAGACAGCGAUGAAGCUUCGGAUGAUGACAAGGCUCAGAGACUUCUUAAGGCAAAGAAACUGAACAGCGAUGAAGAGGAAGGUGGUGAACCCUCUGGAAAGAGAAAGGCAGAAGAUGAGGAUAAAGCAAAUAAGAAGCAGAAGAAAUAUGUAAUUAGUGAUGAAGAAGACGAGGAUGAAGAUUUGUAAAAUGUGUAUAUAUAUAUAUAUAUUUUUUUUUAACGUUGUACAGUUAUGAGCCAUGAUGUAGUAAACAGUGGAAAUAUUUUUGGUUAAGUCCCCAUGAUGACAAUAUGUCUAUGUAUAAAAUAAAUUGUAACUAGAACGUUUGCUUCAUAUUUUUUACCUUGACAUGAAAUCCAUUUUUUACACUCACACUUUCUUAAUAUCUGUUAUUUUCUAAAUAAGUAUCAUGAACAAGGAACAAUGAUAGAAUAAGCUUAAGAUUGUACCAAAGAAUAAACGUGCACAAAAUUGUAUUUCGGACAGUUUGUUCAAAUCAAAUUCCUUUUAGUCCACUCCUGAAACAAUCGAUUAUCCGGAAUUUACCUGUGGAGUCUUAUUCAUUAUAUGUGACUGCACAUGUAAAUCCCAGACAAUAGAUUCAAAGAAAUUUGAUUAACCCAGACCAUCAAACUAACCUUUGCACAAGUCUACUAGAUAACACCUUAUAAA